ACCAGUCAGGAGGGAGAGGAGGUUGUGAUGAAGGUGGAGGCUGAUACCUUUGUGGUGACUCCUACUGAUGAGGAAAGGGACCAUGUUGAACCAGAACCUGAAAGUGACCACCAGCUGCUGUUGAACAACUUUUAUGCAGCUGAGAGCCAAGAUCAGAAAGGAUACAAGCGUGAAGACUCUACUAGAGAUGCAGAGACAGAACAAAACAAUCAACAACAUGAAAACAGAAGUCAGAGUAACAUCGUCUGCAACCCUAACUUGUCAGGGGCUGACAAUAAUAUUGAUGAACCGUCUUUUAAAUGUAACACCUGUGGAAAGGAUUAUAAGUAUAAGUCAAAUCUUCAGAAACACAUGAGAGUGCACACAGAUCUCCAACAGCAACAUGUCUGUGGAGGAAAGAGGAGGAGGUUCUCACUGACCCAGCAGCUCUGUAACCAGGAGAGGAGCUCCAGUCUGGACCCAAGAGGACCCCAGAGCCUCUACAGGAUUAAAGAGGAACAGGAGGAGCUCUGCAACCAGUCAGGGAAGGGAGAGGAAGGUUGUGCUGAAGGUGGAGGCUGA